CAGCCCCAGCCCGCGGUUGACUAGCCCAACACCAUCACCCCCCCCUCUUCCCCCCCCUCUUCCCCCUCCAUACACACCGGCUCCCACCCACCCAGCCAGUCACCUCAAGUGCGACCGGCCGGCAGGAGCGGAGGCAAACAAACAGAGCCGGAGCAGCCAGGGCGAUCCUGCCGCGGAGGGGGGGGGUUGGCUCAGCCAAAGACACACGGAGCAGAAGAGGAGAAUGGGACGCCGGUGCUUGGAUCAGGACUGAGUCUGGUCGGCACAUUGAGAGCUCCUUCGACCCGUUUCCAAGUCCCUUUUUUUCCCCGGAUCAGACACGUUUUCACCGCUGACACAAUGGGCUGCUGCAGCGGACGGUGCACGCUCAUCUUUAUAUGCACUCUACAGUUGGUGUUGGCAUUAGAAAGACAGGUCUUUGACUUCCUGGGUUACCAGUGGGCCCCGAUCCUUGCCAAUUUCUUCCACAUCAUCAUGGUCAUCCUCGGCCUUUUCGGCACCAUCCAGUACCGUCCACGCUACAUUGUGGUGUACACAGUAUGGGCCGCUCUGUGGGUGGCCUGGAACGUCUUCAUCAUCUGUUACUAUCUGGACGUAGGCGGCCUGUCCAAGGACAGUGACCUGCUGACAUUUAACAUCUCUGCCCAUCACUCUUGGUGGAGCGAACACGGGCCGGGCUGUGUGAGGAGAGAGAUGCCAGAGGCUCCAGGGGUCCGCACAACAGAGAGCCACUCCUACAUCACUGUAAUGGGCUGCCUCAUGGACUACCAGUACAUCGAGGUUGUGCACAGCGGCACACAGAUUCUUGUUGCUCUCCUGGGCUUCGUGUACGCCUGUUAUGUUGUCAGCGCUAUCACUGAGGAGGAGGACAGCUUUGAUUUUAUUGGUGGAUUUGACCCAUUCCCGCUCUACCAUGUCAAUGAGAAACCAUCUCAUCUCCUCUUAAAGCCCAUGUACCUGUCUACGUAAAUAAGAGAGCGUCCAGCGGGGAGGUGACACUGCAAAUUCCCACGGAGACAAAAUGGCUGUUGUGACACAAACAUCCAGUUCAGUGGGGCACGCCAGACAUUCCUCCCCUUCUCGAUUUCAGUACUUUAAACAUGUCAUUUACUGGUGUACCGUCCAGAAAAGCCACCACUCAGUUAGGGUCCAUUGUUUUCCAGGGAGGGAUGACGGGUUCUGGGAAAAGGGGGGGAUUACAGUGCAACAAAGCCUCAUAUUGUGUGUUUAGGGAAGUAUCAGUCAUUUUCUUUGUAUUGAGUUCUCCGCUGAGGUCCUAUUGCUGUGACCUGCCCAUUAUUGUUUAAUACUCCCCAAGACUGUAUAGAAUACAGCAUAUAAAUACAUUGUGCAUGUAAUCAGGGACUGCCCAGCAUUCCCAGUCUGUGGUACUGUGUCUUAGAGGACUCAGUGAUUUAGCAUGUUAUUUCUGGUUUGGCUCAAAUCUUGGCCGGAGGGCUGAAUUACAGUGGAGCCCGUGGAAUGAGCUAUUGUGCGCUCAUUGCCUGUUUACUUUAGGCCAGGAUCUGUGUGCAUAAAUACACAAGCAAACCAGGAAGAGGCAGGGGACAAAGAGGUAGAGGGAGGGGAGGAAAAAAAAGCACCAAACCUACAGGGGCAUCUGUCAAAAAUAGAAAAUGUAAAUAAUGAAACAAGAGGGGGUUUUGGAUUUUGAGUUCGUAUUGCGAACUAUCAAGAAUGGAAAAGAGCGUUGAGCUUAAGAGGUGUUCAAACAAGGAACGGCAAGUUUUACUGUUAUUUCUGGAGUCUUAUUGUUAUCACUAUUCACACCAACAGCCAAGUAAGUAUUUCUGAAGUGUCAGGUAUUAGAAGACUGAAGACUGGCUGAAAGCUUUGUUUACACAUCAGUUCUUCUCUAACUACUGACACGUCGGGCUGCUAACAUGGGGGAUCAUUACACACACUCAAGUGAAGGUUACACAGCAUAUUUUUAACUUCAAGAAAACAAUAGAAUGUUUCCCUAUUCACAUUGCAUACAACAGCAAUGACUUGAAUGGCUAUGGUCUUCAGUGUAGAAGUAGCGGCCUGUACCUGCACAGUGUUGUCUCCUGUCACUUCACCAGUGUAGAUUCUCAACGGUGAUCGUCUCAGUUGUGAUUGUUUUAUAGCAUGUUUUUUACAGGGUUUGUAUUGUAAUUAUGUGUAUAACAUAAAGAAAUUACAAAUUAGGAGAACUGAUGUCUUCUGGCUGUAUAUGAGCUGGUUAGGCAGCAACAGAAAGCUUCUGCUGAAUUGUUUCUUACUCAGAUUUAUUUUUCAUCGGAUUGAGCAACAUCACACAUUUUUAUUUAGACAAGUACACACGUGGGUCAUGUCUCCUAUACUGAUUGGCAGCACCUAAUGUUAAAAAAGUACCAAGUAAGUCAGAGCCCCUGUUGCCUUACUGGUUGUGUGAAUCACUACUGCUCUCUGGUGUUUAAAGUGUUCAUGUACAAGUUGCAAGGCUACUGAGUUUCUGCUACAGGGUCCAUAUGGUCCAUAUGGGUCUAUGUUUGUCUUAAAACAAUUUUUUUUGUUGACAGAUAACAGUAAAUCUUAAAAUAUUAUGUUUUUUAUGUUUGCUAUCUGUCAUUGUAGGAGGAGUAGGCGCUUGCCCGGUUUGUUUCAGUGUUACACUCGGUCCGGGUUUGAGUUACACUGUGGGUUUUGGGGGAGCCCUAUUUUUGGGGGUGGGAGGGUACUGUACACAUGCAAAAAUACUAUCACUAUCAAUAAAUUUCCAUUCAUUCAGAGAAUAUUUAGCUUGGGACAACAAAGAAACAGAAGAAAUAGAUUUUUUCUUUCUUUUUUUUUAAUCUGCCAAGCAACAAUGAAAAUGCCAACGCACAGUGGACAGGCAAUGGUUUGUUAAACAGAUCUGACAAAAGUGGCAUCCCGUGACAAUUAUGAACAUGCCAACAGCCUCAAAUGUUGGUCUUAAAAAGUCAUUUCCCGCACACAUUUUUUUUACUUCUGCAUGAUUUAUUUAAAAAGAGUUAAUGUUUUAGCAACAUAACUUUUCUGUGAGAUAUGGGCAAGGGGGAGCUUAUGUCAUUUUCAGGGAAGCCAAGCUCGCUGUAGCUCCGGCUUAUUUCGAUCCCUGUGCUCCGUCCUUUUUGUUAUAAUUUAGUUCAAGAUCAUUUUUUACCCAAUACAUUUGAAUCCAACACAUUUUCAGCAUUCUAUUUGUCUGACUACUAUGUUUCAUGUGCUAAAUUGGAAACCGUCUGCUUAGCUAUUUUUGGGGACUGAAAAGAGUUGUGAACAAAGGAGUUCAUUCUGUUGUUUUAAAUCAUUUUGUCAGCACCUAAAAAUAUCCGGCUGCUUGUCAGACUCCUUUCUGAUAUUAGAUGUUAUUCACUGCCAGAUAGAUAGUCCACAAACUGCGUGUAAAAAUCAUAUGACCACUUCUGCCGGCUAAUUUCACAACCACGAGAGUGACCCAUUUUAAUUUGAUUGGUUGCUUCUUUAUUUCCAAGAUGCAAUAAUUUGUCUCUAUGAUGGAUUAAAAACACAAAGCACCUCAUAUUGUUACAUAAUCAGUCUUGGUAGUAAAUGCUACUAUGUAAAAACUAGUCUUCCUCUCGGUGCAAUACAGUCUCUUCCUAAACCCCCAGUGACUGGAAUUUGUUGAAACCUGUAUCUAGUGUGAGUAUAUGUGCUAGUCUCCACUGAAAAAGAUUCCACGUGUUUGUAGAUAAUUCUUUUUCUAUGUAUAGAAAGUGGAAAAGGUCUUUUUUUUUGUAUCACUCUUCUAUUUUGUGUCCUGUGUUGCCUCAACUCCUGUGACCUGAUUGUGUAAUCCUAUUUAUCCAGAGAUGUGCUUUGUGUUCAUGUAAAUAGGUGUUUGUUAAUAAAAGAACAUGCUCUUGUAAUGA